GCCCGGGGCCCGGUGGGAGUUGUAGGCUGCAGCGAGCGGUUAGUGUGUGGCGUGGUCAAGCCUUACGCUGUGGCCAGAGCCCCGGAAUCUGUUUUCGGGGCUGAUUCUCGUUUCGGUUCGGGAGCUGGAGGCCACCGUGGCGGGGCGAUGCGAGACGACGGGCCGCUGGGGAGAGCCAGGCUGGUGCUGCUCCUCAUGGCCGCCGGGUCGGGAGCAAGGCCGCGGCCUACCGCCCCCGGGGACCAGCCCCCAUCUAACGUGGUGCUGGUGGUCUGCGAUUCCUUGGAUGGACGCUUAACAUUUUUUCCAGGAAAUCAGACUGUGGAUUUACCUUCCAUAAAUUUUAUGAAAAGACAUGGCACUGUCUUUCUCAAUGCCUACACCAAUUCUCCAAUUUGUUGUCCUUCCCGCGCAGCUAUGUGGAGUGGUCUUUUCACUCAUUUAACAGAAUCUUGGAAUAACUUCAAAGGUCUAGAUCCAGAUUAUAUAACAUGGAUGGAUAUCAUGGAAAAGCAUGGCUACCGUGCACAGAAGUUUGGGAAAUUGGAUUUUACUUCUGGACAUCAUUCAGUAAGUAACCGUGUGGAAGCUUGGACUAGGGAUGUUAACUUCCUGCUCCGACAAGAAGCAAGACCUAUGGUGAAACUUACAGGCCAUAGGAAGCAGUUUAGAGUGAUGGAAACAGAUUGGUGGAACACUGAUAAAGCAGUGAAUUGGAUAAAGGAAGAAGCUGUUAACUUUACUCAACCAUUUGUUCUUUACUUGGGACUAAAUUUACCACACCCAUAUCCAUCACCCUAUGCAGGAGAAAAUUUUGGAUCCUCUACAUUUUUAACAUCUCUGUAUUGGCUUGAAAAGGUAAAUUAUGAAGCUAUUAAAAUACCCAAGUGGUCUUCUCUUUCAGAGAUGCAUCCAGUAGACUAUUACUCAUCAUACACCAAGAAUUGCACAGGAGAGUUUACAACAGAAGAAGUGAGAAAUAUUAGAGCAUUUUAUUAUGCUAUGUGUGCAGAGACAGAUGCCAUGCUGGGUGAGAUUAUUUCAGCUCUGCGAGAUACUGGGCUUCUUGGAAAAACAAUCAUUAUAUUCACUGCAGAUCAUGGAGAACUUGCUAUGGAACACCGUCAGUUCUAUAAAAUGAGCAUGUAUGAGGGAAGUUCCCAUGUUCCUCUUUUAGUUAUGGGGCCAGGUGUAAGAGAACAGCAGCAAAUACCAAAUAUAGUAUCUCUUGUGGAUAUAUAUCCUACUAUGCUUGAUAUAGCAAGAAUUCCUGUCCCACAGAACCUAAGUGGAUAUUCUCUUACACCACUGCUAUGUGAAAAUGCUGAGAGCGAAGCAUCAGCCAGAGGACCUCGGCCCUCCUGGGUGCUGAGUGAGUUUCAUGGGUGCAAUGUGAAUUCCUCUGUGUAUAUGCUGAGAACUGGCAAGUGGAAAUACAUCACAUACUCGGAUGGCUCUUCAGUAUCGCCCCAACUCUUUGACCUUAUUGCUGAUCCAGAUGAGCUUACAAAUGUUGCCAUAAAAUUCCCAGUAACUGUACAUUCCUUGGACAAAAUACUUCGCUCUGUAGUUAACUAUCCUAAAGUUUCUUCUGCUGUUCAGGAGUAUAACAAACAACAGUUCAUCAGUUGGAAGCAAAGUUUGGGUCACAAUUACUCAAGUGUUAUUGCAAACCUUAGGUGGCAUCAAGACUGGUUAAAGGAUCCGAGAAAGUAUGAGAAUGCAAUUGACAAGUGGCUGGGUUGCAAUAUGUUCUGCUAAAAGGACUCUACUGUCUAUAAUUGAAAUGUAAUUCCCUCUGUACCACUGAGUGCAGAGGGAAGUUUGCGUCUUUUUUAAGCUAAAGCUCUCUAUUUAAACUUGGGUCAGAAUGUGAGUCAAGAUCAUCUUUAUUCUUGUGUCUUUGUCAGAAUGAGUAACAUCUUUGGCUCAGGACCUUUAGCAUGGAACAAGAAUUUUCAAUAUAGACAGUAUGGUUGGAAAUCUGGACUCAGCUGACAUCUUCCCCUUGAAUGAAAUCAUCAAAAGUAAUGAGUGAGUGAUAUUCUAAGCAAAAAUCAACCAUUCAGGUUGUGUUGUUUUUUAAACAAUGAAAAUUAUUUUUAUGUGAACUGUAUAAGCCGACAGUGUCUGAAUAAGAAUCAUCAGAAAAUGUCAAUAAAUGUAGUUAGUAAAGGAUGUAACUCCAAUAAACACAGUGGCAACUUCAUUACAUUUUGACUUGAAGAUUCUCUUCUCUUUGGAAGCCUGGAGGAAAAAGACUCAGGAUACCACCAGCUUCACAUCACUUUCCCAACAGUUACAUGGAACAGCAGCUGCCAUACUGGAGGAAUCCCAGCGAGUCUGUCCAAGAGGAGCUGUACAGCCACCAGCCAUAUUCCCUGGGGUCCCAUCACCAGCAGGAAUCCUGUGUCUUUGGAGCAGUCAUUAAUGUUCCAGCCAGUACAGCUCUGAGUGACACAUUAU